AUGCCAAUGUCGGCAGGCGUUGAAAGCUACGAGGCUGGUGCCAUCCCUUCCACCGCAAGUGUGAGCCAGACACUAGACAUCGUAGCGGGGCUUCUGCGUUCGUACGGCCGUAUCGAUGGGUAUAUAAGCCAGCUGCGCCUUCCGGAGGCUGCAAGGCUACUCGGAGUGUGCUAUACUGACCAGGUGUCGCUUUGCCGGGAUGGCGAGGUGGAAGAGGAGAUCCAGGUGUGCUGCGCCUCGUUGCGUGACAAAUGCCUUUCGGAGGUCUUCCACCUCUCUGCCGUGUCAAACUCCGAGUACGUGCGUGUGGAGCUCGAGCGGUACAACUUCCGGCGGCGCCUUUCGGAGUUUGAGUCUGGUUCGGCGGACGGUGCUGAUUGCAGCGCGCUGUUCCAGCAGCUCCUGGAGGACGCGGAGUCUGACGCAGACGGGAUAGUUGAGGAGGCGGAGAGGGUGCUGCACGCUCUGAAAUGGGCGUGGUACCGUCGGUAUGAGAUGCUGGUGAAGCUGGUGCUUUUCGUGGCUCGGCGAUGGUUGUCCUUUUCCGAGGACGAUAGCGCCGACGGCAACCGCCAGUCCGUCACGCUGCACCAGGAGGAGUUCCAUAUCUACUACCACGAGCUCGACGAAUGCCUCGUGCUUCUGAACAUGUCUGAAACGUACGUGCGUCUCGUUGAACGGUGCGCAUUCCGGUAUGUCACGCCGGUCAUUCGAAUGCCCAGGGACUCCGGGUGCGCCGAGGAGGACUCCAUUGACUACGUGCACAAUAAGUGUUUGGGCGCCGCGUUCACAAGCAAGGAGGACGCCACUAUCGCUAUUGAGGGGUACAGUUCGACAUCCAAGAUGCUGGCAGGCGUGGUUGCGCGCAUCAAGAGUGUGGAGUCCGUAUUGCGCAAGCUGUUGCGUCUUUCUGAGGAGUGCGAGUGGAGCAGCGGUGUGGCUCAGAAAGAUUCGGCACGGCAGGUAGACUAUCUCACCGUCGAGUUGUCCAGUUUCAAGUGCAUGUCAGAGGUGCACAUCCGCGUUCUCACUGCGGAGCUGGUCUGCAGGCUUGUGGAGUCAAUCUACCCGUGUUGGGAGCUCGAAGGAUUCGGCUUUGAGGAUUUACUGCACUCUUUCCGAGGCCUCUGCGACGCGUUGCGCUAUGCUGAGCUGAUGCGUGAUGAUGCUUCGUGCCGGUUCAUUGAUCGUUUUUUCAAGUGCGUCUUCGACAGUUGGGAGGGGCACGUGCUCGCGUUCGCGCGCUUUUGCGGGCGUUCGCAGAAUGACGAGAGCAUUAUGCAGGCUGCUACUCUCUCGAAGGCUGACAUACGCCGCGGCAUGUUCGUCCGUCGUGCCGACAAGACUUCUGUAAUUACGCUGCUGGGCGGUUUGCUGGAUGCCGAUUUUAGAGGCGUCGACAUAUCGGAGGCGUUCGCUUCCUUCGACUGGGCCAACAAGAUGGAAACGUGCUACGUUUCUAACCACGUCUACACGCUCGCCGCGCUCCUGUUUGUGCUCGCGGCCAAGCCUCUGGCGAUUUUGCGCCAGGGGUUCGACCUGCUGGGUAGCGGUAUUGUAUCGCAGUGCGUCAUUUCGUCGUGCGUGUGCCGGUAUUCCGAGAUGGUGUCGUCGGUGAUCACGACGUACGUGCUUAUGACACAGGAUUCGUUCAAGCAAUGCGUGCUGAGCGUGGCCAAAUCGGUGGGCAAGGACGAGGAUGCGAAAAACAUUGGCGAUUUGAGGGUGCCGCUCACGAUGUUUUUCAUGUUCAUGUCCAACGUCAGCUUUAUGUCGAGCACGUGUUUGGUUCUGCCGUAUUUCGCGCAGGAGAUGGAGGCACGCGUACAGUUUGGCCCCGACCCCACGUCAGGCGAAAGGUGUCGCGCACUAGUGUCGGAUUUGGUAAAGCGGCAUUUCCACACGUGUGGCCUUCACAUCCAUCUGCUGAAGGUGCAGGACUACCUCUUGACGCAGGUGACGGCGUUCUUGCAGCAGGUGCUGCAGAAGCUGCUGAGCAGGGUGUUGAACGCCAUCAACGAGGUGUCGGAGGGGUUCGGCGAGGAUGCCCUGCAGCUGUUCGCGCUGUCUUCGUCGCUGUGCGAAUCAAUACUGCCCUCUACGCUACGUCUGACAACCCUGUGCCUGAUUCUCGACUUGUACUUCACCACGGUGCCCGACCUGUUCCUGGAUUACUUGGACCUGCUGAACUACCAGCCGUCGGACAGCAUGCUGGCAAUAAUCACCACCUUCAUCGUCAGGCUAGAGGGCAGCCUCUCGAGCUACGUGCUAGAUUUGAACAAGGACCACGGCGAUUUCGUGUACUUCGAGAAGUUCACAGCCUUCGCCGGAGUCUUCAGGCAAGAUUUUUCGGGCGUGGAAAACGCCAACAGCACGUUUAACCAGCGCGACCUGAACCGGCUGUUCAAACUGUGCAAGUUCAUCCAGGGCAGGUCGGGGGUCCGACUGUCCUGA